AUGUGUGACGAGUCUAAAAAACAUAAGCGAAGUUUUCAACAAACUUGGCUUACUGAUGAUAGAUAUAAAUCUUGGAUACGCGAAGUAUCAUCAGAUAGUAGUAUGUAUUAUUGCAUUGUAUACAACAAAAAUUUGUCAUGCGUUUCAAUACAUGUAUCAAGACAUGCGAAUUCUGCGCGUCACAAAAAUAAUGUAGAAAAAAAUACAUUAUGUGAUAAUGACGAUACUUCAAUUAAAAAUAGCGAUAAUGCACCAACAUUUAAAAAGAAAUGGCUAUAUUUUGAGCAGUUUAAAUGUUGGUUACGUGAAGUGCCACAUGAUGAAAAUUUAUUUUAUUGUUCAAUUUGCGAUAAGUAUCUUACUGCUAAAUUAUGUCACAUUUAUCGUCACGCAGAAUCGCAAAUACAUAUAAACAAAUGUCAAAGUUGUAAUGAAACAAGUGAAUCGAAUGAAGAUUCAAAUGUACAAAAUAAUGAAACACUUUUGUCAUUUGAAGAGCGUAAAAAAGAGGCAGAAAUCAGAUUUGCCACAUUAAUUGCAGAAAAAAAUAUUUCUCAUUCAAAUGCAAAUGAGAUUCUUAAAUUGUUUAAAUAUAUAGGAAAGGAUCCUAAUGUAUUGCAAAGCAUGACUAUGAGUCGUAAAAAAUGUACAAAUAUUAUAAAUAACGUUUUGAGUCCAAUUGAAACGGUACGUAUCGUAAAUAACAUUCAGAACACAAAAUUUACAAUAUUUAUUGAUGAAACAUCAGACAUUUGUAAUGACAAGUGGAUGACUUUUCUUGUUCGAUUUGUUGAUUCGGAAACAUUAGAUACUCGAACGCAAUUAGUCAAAUUAAUUGAUAUUGAUGCUAAAGAUUGCAGCGCAGAAAAAUUAUAUGAAGCCUUUAGAAAUGAAAUGUGGAGAUUACAGAUACCGUUUACAAAUAUUGUUGCCUUGUCAUGCGACAAUGCGUCUGUCAUGGCAGGAAAACAUUUAUCUUUUAAAAAAAAAUUGGAACAAGUAUGUCCACGUUUACUUACAUUUUCAUGCCCUUGUCAUUCUUCCGCAUUAGUAGCGAAUGCUGCAUGCAAAAAAAUACCCGAUUUUUGCGAAGAAUUUAUAAAAAAGAUUGCUAGAUAUUUAAAUAACAGUCCAAAACGUACGGCUGUAUUCCGUGAAUUCUGUGAAUGUUUUGAAGAUAGAAGUUUAAAAAUAUUAAAAUUAUGUGAUACUCGUUGGCUUUCUCGCUAUUUUUGUGUAGAAAGACUUUUAGAACAUUGGGAUACAAUAAGAUACUUUCUUAAUGAAAUGUUCGUAAGUGAAAGAGCAAAUGCUGCCAAAGAUUUAUUGUCUGUAAUGGAUAAUAUUGAAACAAAAGCUUAUUUCCUUUUUUUAAAAUACAUUUUACAUUUUUUUAAUAAAUUUAAUACAUAUUUUUAGUCAUUACAAACACAAAUUCAUGAAUUGCAACCAAAAUCUGUAGCCUUUCUUUAUGAAAUCUGCCGAAAUUUUUUGAACAAUGAGUAUUUAAAACAUUUUUCCAUAGACAUUGUAUUCUCUUUAAAAGAAAAUCAAAAAAAUCUUGACGAAAUUAAUUUAGGAUCAGAAUGUAACGAAUAUCUUGACGAAAUAAUGAAACAGGGGUACGAAAACGUAGUCACAAUAAUUCGAAGUAACUGUUUACAGUUUUGCGUGACUGCUGCUGAAGAAAUUCGCAAAAGAUUGCCUGUGAAUAAUAUAUUUUUAUCAAAAUUAACUGUUUUGGAUCCUUCUGUAUGUUUACAAGAUACUGACAGAGAAAUAUCAUUUAAAAAUGUUUCUUUCAUAAAUAAGACCAUCGGUGAUUUUGAUGAAGAAGCUUUAAAGAAAGAAUGGUUUGCUCUGCCAUUAGAUUUUACAUUACAACAGAAAGAAAGUCUUGUUAAAUUAAAUUUCGAUGACAUGUGGAAGGAAAUUUUGCAAUCACAGCAUCCGAAUAACAUUGAUAAAUAUCCAAAUUUAAAAAAAGUCCUGAAUGCUAUACGAUCACUUCCAAAUUCAAAUGCCGACGCAGAGAGAAUGUUUUCGUUUUUAAAUGAUUUAAAAACCAAAAAACGUAAUAAACUUUCACCAAAUUCAGUUAAUGCCUCUUGUAUUUUGACAUCAGCAUUAAAGGCGAGAAGAGAAACGUGUUUAACUAUCACUAUUGAAGAAAAACAUUUAUCUCGUAUGUCGACGAACAUAUUAUACAGUAGCGUUGCCAAAAAGAAACGUAGUAGUUUAGGACUACAUGCUGCUGAUAUUAAUGAUAUCGCUGGACCCUCGACAGCAGAUUGA